AUGUCAGCUUCACGUUCAAAUAAUACCGGAACAAACAAUGGGAAAGAUCAAUUUAAUUGGAAUACAGUUAAAUCAGAUAAAGAUCGAGAAUGUUAUUUAGGACAUUCAGUAAUGGCACCAACUGGUCGUUGGCAAGAAGGUAAAGAUUUAACAUGGUAUGCAAAAAAUCGUGAUCAUGAACAACAAAUAAAAUCAGCAGAAUUUCGUGCAGCAAAAAAAAUUGAAGAAGACGCACUUAUGGCUGCAUUAGGCAUGAAAGUUAUGCUGCCGCCGCCACUACCACCUCCUGUUGCAACUUCAACUCAACAAAAAUUGACAACUAAACGUGAAUCACAAUCAACAUCAAUUAAAAAUGAACCAAUGACACCAGCCAUACAUAAUGAUUCACGUGAUUUAAAACAACAUCAUAAAAAUCCAAAACAUGAUAAUCAACGAAAAGAAGAUCGUAGACGACGAAGACAAUUAAAAGCAACUGGUUCUGAUGAAGAAAAACAUGAUUGGUCAGAAAGUGAUGAAGAUGGUUUAAUAGAUGAUAUUGAUGAUGAAGAGGAUGAUAAAGGUUCAUUUUGUGUUGUUAUUUUUUUUCUUAAAUCAAAUAAUGGAUUAUCUGUUUUAGCGAAACAAUCAAUUGAACCAAAUACCAUGACUGAGAAAGAAUUAGAUGAAUUUCUUAUUGAUCUUGUCAAGAAACAUGGUUUUAAAACAAUAAAACGAACAUUAAAAUCAAAAAAAGAGAAAAAAGAACAUAAACGUCAACAUUCCUCAUCAUCAUCUUCUUCGCCUUCAGAUUCCGAAUCAGAAUCAAAACACAAACAUAAGAAAAAACAUAAUCAUCAAGAAAAAUCGAAAUCAAAAAAACAUCACAGGACUCGUUUAUCAUCAGAAAAAGAUCAUUCAAAACAGAAUCGAAAAUAA